AUGGACCAACAAUACUUGACGUCGCCGACGUCGUUUCGACUGGCAGACAUGGCUCAAAACGUAUACGAAAUGCCCCUCAUGGCUAUGAAGAAGCCUCACGAUUCACACCCCUCCAUGGGUAACUUGGUUCUUCUCGUCUUCGAGGCUGUCCUCGAGGUUGUGUGCGUGAGCUUGCCGGGCUACAUCAUUGCCCGUCUUGGCCACUUUGAUGCUGAAAAGCAAAAGUUCUUGGCCAACCUCAAUGUCAUGCUAUUCACGCCUUGCCUUAUCUUUACCAAGCUGGCUUCGCAACUCAAUGCCGACAAGCUCCUCGAUCUCGCCGUAAUCCCCAUCAUCUUCAUCAUUCAAACUCUUGUCUCCUGGCUCGUCGCUACCGGCGUCGCCCGCGGCUUUGGCUUCAACCGCCGCGCUACUAACUUUGUCACGGCCAUGGGAGUCUUUGGAAACUCAAACUCCCUGCCCAUCUCUAUGAUCUUGUCUCUGUCGCAAACUAUCAAGGGGCUACACUGGGACAAGAUCCCCGGGGACAACGAUGACGAGGUUGGUGCCCGUGGUAUUCUAUACCUCUUGAUCUUCCAGCAGCUCGGUCAGUUGGUGCGCUGGAGCUGGGGCUACCACGUGCUGCUUGCUCCCAAGGACAAGUACCCCGAGUACCAGGACGAGCGCGUCGAGGAGGGACAAUACCCGGGAGAUCGCGAGACCGCUCCCCUAUUGACCGAGUACGAUGACGGCACCGCUACUUCCCGUAGUCACUCGAGUGAUGACCUAUCCAACUAUGAGCCGGCUGGUCGCACCCCUGUUGCUAGCAGAUCCAGAGCCUCCCCCGCCGAUACCGAAGACGAGGACGACGACUACCUUCCCAAGAAGCCGAUGAAGACCAAGGGUCUCGCACCCCUCAAUGGUAACCAUCCCGUUUUCGACGGAAGUGGCGAUGAGAUAUCGUCCUUUCCCCGCAUUCGUAACACGGAUGAACCCGAAAUCCCCGAGGGAGUUAAAGGCUACCCUAGCCGCGUUAAGAACGCCUUCAACAACGCCGUCACCUCUGCUAAGGAAUCGACAUCAAACUUCUUUGCGAGAGUCUACAACAGUUUGCCGACCCCCUUCAAGACGAUUCUCUCGGCCCUAAGCCGCUUCGCCGGCAAGUUUUACAACUUUUUGUGGGAGUUCAUGAACCCGCCUCUGUGGGCCAUGCUCAGCGCCGUCGUUGUUGCCUCAGUCCCGGCCCUGCAGAAGAUCUUUUUCGAAGAGGGAUCCUUCAUCAAGAACAGUUUCACGGAUGCUGUUCAGUCCAGUGGUGGUGUCGCUGUGCCCUUGAUCCUGGUUGUUCUUGGUGCCAACCUAGCUCGCAACACGCAAAAGAGCGAGAAGAUGCGGGAUCCUGAGGAGGACCAGAUCGGAACCAAGCUGCUUGUCGCAUCCUUGGUGUGCCGCAUGCUCCUGCCGACUUUGAUUAUGACCCCUAUUCUGGCCGUCUUCGCCAAGUAUGUGCCAGUCAGCAUUCUGGAUGACCCCAUCUUUGUCAUCGUCUGCUUCUUGUUGACCGGCGCCCCGAGUGCUCUCCAACUGGCUCAGAUUUGCCAAAUCAACGAGGUUUACGAAAGUGUCAUGUCGAGAAUCCUCUUCCAGAGCUAUGUUAUCUGGUAUACAAGAUCGCUCUCUCGCGACCGCUACCGCGACCAUUCUCGGUCAUUGACACCGCUGUCAGACCGGUCUCGCUCCCCAGUCCGUCGUCAUACGUACGAUUCGCGAUCUCCGUCGCGUUCCCGAUCUCCCACGCCGCGACGAAAUGGCAGGCAGAGAAGCGGAAGCCGCAGCCGGAGCCGUGGAAGAAGCGCUAGUCCUGCUAUCAGAAGCACCAAGAUUGUUGUCGAGCGAUUGACCAAGAAUAUCAAUGAAGCCCAUUUGGAGGAGAUCUUUGGCCAAUUUGGGCACAUCAAGGAUCUUGACCUGCCCAUUAAUAGAACUCGUCAGUAUCUGUCCUCACAGGGUCGACUUGAACGGCCUCCAAAUGGAUCCCUGCUACAUGAGGCUGACAUUCCUUCUCCUCCAGACGGCACUAACCGCGGCACUGCUUACAUCCUAUACGAUACCGAGGCUGAUGCCGAGGAUGCUAUUGCCCACAUGCAUGAGGCACAGCUUGAUGGCGCGCUGCUCGACGUGGCGGAGGCUCCGAUGCUAGAGGCGGCCGAGGGGGAAGAGCUCAGGGCGGAUUCCACGGUGGUGGAGGAGGCGGACCCGGCCCUUUCGGCCAGAACGGUCCUCGACGGGGUGCAUCACCACCUCAGGGUCGCUUUGGCCCCAGAUCAGACACCUACCGGCCUCGAUCGCUUUCGCAUUCCCCAAGCCGAUCUCCCGUCGCUGCUCCUCCGUCCAGAGGCGGUGGUGGAAGCAGAUACCGAAGCCGUUCAAGAUCAUACUCUCGGUCUCCAUCACCACCCCCAAGACGUGGAGGAGGUGCACGCGGUAACGACCGCAACCGCCGAAGAAGGAGCCCGAGUCGAGACAGCUAUGAUAGCUACGAUAGCCGUCGAUCCCGGUCCCCGAGCCGUAGUCGUGAUCGUGGCGGUCGCGGCGGCGGCGGCGGCGGCGGUGGCCGUGGGUACAGAUGAGUCAAAUUUGGAGCGCCACUGGGCGAAAUGGGUUUGGUUUGUGAUUUCUCUUUCAGGCGUUAUGAGGAACGAGGAAAAGUCGGCUGGGAUACCCUAA